GUCGUACCCGGAUGUAGGUAAGACUUAUUACCCACAAACCGGGCCUCCCGCGACGUCACUUCCGGUAGGAUUGUUUGCACCUCGCGCACCAACCUCCCAUCCCAUCCAUCAUAUCUCCAGUUUCAGUGAAGGUUUUAUACUGAGCAGGCAACCAUGGCCAACCAACAGAUGGAUAUCUUAUCAGCGGUGUUGGAGCAGUCGGCCAAACUGAUGGAGGAGCAGGUGGAUGCCCAGUUGAACAAACUGAGUGAAAUGGAUGAAGAUGAAUUGGACAAACUGAAGGAACGGCGAUUGGAGGCACUCAAAAAAGCCCAGAAACAGAAGCAGGAGUGGUUGUCUAAAGGCCAUGGGGAGUACAGAGAAAUCUCAAGUGAGAAGGACUUUUUCGGCGAGGUGAAGGAAAGCAAGAAUGCCGUCUGCCACUUCUACAAAAGUUCCACCUUCAGAUGUAAGAUCUUCGACAAACAUCUGGCCAUCUUGGCAAAGAAGCACGUUGAGACCAAAUUUAUCAAACUGAAUGUAGAAAAGGCCCCAUUUCUGACGGAGAGGCUGCGCAUCAAGGUCAUUCCCACUCUGGCUUUGGUGAUAGAUGGAAAAACAAAGGACUACGUGGUUGGAUUCACUGACCUGGGAAACACAGAUGAGUUUUCCACAGAGAUGCUUGAGUGGAGGCUUGGCUGCUCAGGUGUUAUUAACUACAGUGGUAACCUGAUGGAUGCCCCCACAGCAGGGAAGAAAUCGGGCUCAAAGAUAACGAAAGUGGAGAAGAAAACCAUCAGAGGCCGAAGUAACGACUCUGAUUCUGAUUCUGGAGACGACUGAAAUACGCUGAUGCUCAUCUGGUUUCCUCUCGGGGCUACAUCUUAAAAAAGAAAUGUCAAGCAAACAGCCUGCUUUCAAUUCCAACCAUUUAAACUUGGAUCCCUCCUUGAGCUUGUGUGGUUUAAUGCCUAUAAUGUGCUGAAAUUUGACCUGCUUAUUGUCAUGAUAAACUUAAUGUAAACAGCCAUUUCUACCGUGCUUUGCCAGGAUGAAUUAACACAAGACAAGUGAAACAUUUGGACUCCAAUGAACAUGCAUUUCACGAAAAACAGCACACAUUAGAUUAUAGAUGUUUCACUGAGCCAUGGCUCUAGUCAUCUAUCACAUGUCUCUCACUGUGUUGCUGUUGAUUUUGUCUUUACUUUAAAAUUCAGAAAGUUUUCUCUUGAAUAACAAGUGUGCUCAUUUAGUUUUUCUCCUGUUUAUUUCAUGUGUUUUCUUGGCUCUGUGUGUCUCAUGUUAGAACAGAAACCAUUAAUGAGUUAGUCAUGUGAGUGCCAAGAUUAUCUUCCAGCAGCAGAUUACAUUUUCACACCUGACACUUCCUUGUAGCAAGAGUCUCAACCAAUCCAGAGUUAAUAAAGUGUAAAAGGAA